CGAAGGUAAAAGACACAACAUUAUCUUCAAUUUCAAUGGUUGUGUUGUGUGUUAGAUAUUUGGGGUGAGUGAAGAAGCAGUUUCAAUUUCCAUUUCCCAUUUUCAAUUUCAAAUGCUUUCAUCCAUGCAACUUCUUUGCUUCUACCAGCCGCCACCAUCGUCACUGUUUGUUGUGCACAAAAAUGGAGACAUUUUCAAGGACAAGAGGUUCAUCACAAACCCUUCUUUUUCUUCCUCUUCUUGUUUUGGGAUUGUUCGUGCAUCACUGAAGGAAGAUUCACAGUCACAGCAAUAUGAGGUAGAGCCAGAAAAAGCCAGAGAAGCACUCAAAAAGCUUGACGAACAAAUGCAAUCUCUCUCUAGUAAAAAACAACCCUCCAAUGCUUCAAAACUCAACAAGAUUUCAGAAAUGAAGCUUCCCACAGAGCAGCGCAUUGACAAAGACAAGCUAGAAAUUUCAGACUCAUUUCUUGGAAGUGUAGCUGGUGUUCUGAUUCUCUUCACUAUAUUCUAUAAUGUACUAUUUUAUACAGUAAUUAAGCCUUCCAUUGAUGGUUCAUGACAUGUCCAUGUAUGGCUGGUGCUGGUGUGUGUAUACAUAGAAAAAGUAGAAGAGAAAAGCAUAAACCUUUAUAUAUGUAUAUGUAUGUGAA